UCUCGUCUGGUUUUUAAAUUUGCUGGUAGCAUAUAUUAUAUAAUGGCGGUCUUAAUGAUUCUAAUCUUGUAGCGGACUGUUUAUUUUUUUAUAUACAUCGAGCCGAGAUGAUCACAAUAAUCUGUCGACCGUAAACGGAGAUAAGACAUUCAGAUGAAUAUAAACUUCUUAUAAGUGAUAACUGAUGAGGGACAGGAGUUCAAAAUGCUUAGUCAUAAAAAUGGAGAACUGCUGAGUCUUAAACUGACUAUACAAGUGUAGAAUGACUAUGUUUUCUACAACAUAAUAAGCAAGGAAUAUAAUACAAAUAUUACUUUCACGUGUUUUCCUGUAAAAUAUAAUGGCUGCAGAUCGAGAUAAACGAGUAAAUGCCGGAAGUCGUAUGGCGCGGUUGCUGGACGAAGAGGAGGAAGACGAAUUUUAUAAAACAACAUAUGGUGGAUUUUAUGAUGUAGAAAGUGAUAAUGCAUAUGAAACAGAAGAUGAAGAAAGUGAUGUCUACGAUUCGGAUUUUUCUAUCGACGAGAAUGACGAACCUGUUUCGGAUCAAGACGAAGAUGAGCAAAAGCAAAGAAGAAGAACUACUACUAAGUUUUAUAAAGAACCGAAACGAGAUACUUCAAAAAAACAAAAGGAUUCACGAAUUCCAAAAUGUGCAGUUAAGCCUGUUAUAUCAGAUGUUUCAGUAGAAAGAAAAUCUGUUAGACAGUCAACUAAAGAGAAAUCUGAACAAACUGAGAGACGAAUGAAACAGCAAGAAGAAUUGAAGAAAAACCGUGAACCCAAGAAGAGAGAUUCUAGCCGGUAUUACCGAAUGACCCAAGAAGAAUUAUUAGCAGAAGCUAAAAUAACAGAACAAAAAAAUUUAAAAUCUCUAGAAUCUUAUCAAAGAUUGGAAUUGGAGAAGAAGAAAACAAAAAUUAUCAAACCAGCUUAUAAAGGACCAAUGAUACGUUAUCAUUCAGUUUCUAUGCCAUUGAUUGAAGAAUUAUCUGAACAGGAAAACGGUACCACAGAGAAGAAACCUACGGAGCAAAGGUGUUCGAGGAAUUUCGUCACCUUCACAGACGAGAAACUACUGAGAGAGUAUUUUCCAAAUAGGAAGCCCAAACCCGCUUCCAGGACUCUGUGUCCCAUUACCAAAAUGCCAAGUCGCUAUUUUGAUCCCGUCACUCUCAUACCCUAUGCUAAUCUACAGGCGUUCCGUUUUCUACGCGAGGCCUACUAUCAACAGCUAGAACAGAAGGGAGACAUGCGUCAACCAGACGUGGCCGCCUGGGUGGAGUGGAGGAAGAAAAACAAGCCGGCUUCCAAACAGACCGCGGUCAAGACGACAAUGAGCGUAAAACCUACGAAAGAAUCUUAAGAAAAUUGUUCCCAAUUGGUAAAUAUUAAUAAAUUUUGUAUAUAGUUUCUUAAGAGUGUGGUCAAAUUAAUUUGAUAUACAAAUACAAAACAAAUUACAAUGAGAGUGAAUAACUAAGAUUUAGU